UUAAAAUCGUUCUAAAAAAGUUUCUCCCAGUUUUGCAUUAGUUUCCAUUAUAAUUAAAUUGCUAAAUUUGGUUAAAGAAAUACCACUAGAAAUCGUCAAAGCAGGAUGCUGUUUCCCGAGGACAAACAAUUCACUGGAUCCGGGUCCAAAAAGCUGGGAGAUGACGACUUCCGGCGUCUCAAGGUUCCCUAUCAGUACCGGUCCGAACAGUUCCAUUUCAAAUCGAAGGAUUUCUCGAAACAAUUCGCCUACAUCUAUGCCUCCCGGCUGGAAGAAAUGACCAGGAUGAUGACCGAACGUGUAAAGGAAAAGUGGGGAGACAAAUAUCCUAUUAAGCAGUUGGCCGAACUGAAAGAGGAAAGUCCGGAGAAGUGUAUCAUCAUUGGAACACUGUUCAAACAUCAGGAGCUGAAACCGAGCAUUCUGCGGGAGAUUUCCGAAGAGAAUCAGUUGGCACCGCAACCUCCCCGAUCUCACUAUGCUGACGAGGCCGACAUCCUGAUUCUGGAGGAUGCCUUGCAGCGGAUUCGUCUCUUCGGCAAAUUGGAUGUCCAUUCGGUCGUGACCGGAGUCGUCUGCGCCGUACUAGGCUACGAGGACGGCGAUGGUCGAUUCACGGUGGACGAGUACAUCUUCUACGAAGGAGGACCCCAAAAACCGCUGAAGACGCUGGAAAGCUCGCCUUUGGUUGUGCUGAUUUCCGGUUUAAAUUUGUGUUCUUCGAGUGAUUUCUCCAUUUCGAUGGAAUUGUUGCAGCAGUGGAUUUUUGGAAACCUGGAAGGUUUCGGGCAAGGUCGAGACUGGGAAGCGGCCAGUGUGGUUCGGGUAAUCAUUGCCGGAAACUCGAUCAAAGCUUCGUCAAAAGUCAAAAGCAACUUGCACACUCGGCCGACCAACGAAAGUAGCGAUCUGCUGAGUGCUGUCAAAUCAGUGGAUACAUUCGUUCACAAUUUAUCUCAAUCCGUUGACGUAGAUCUGAUGCCGGGUGAACAUGACCCAGCCAAUCAUAUGCUGCCCCAGCAACCCAUGCACCAGUGUAUGUUUCCCAAAGCCGUCCCUUUCAAGAGCUUCCGAGGUGUUCCAAAUCCUUACGGGUGCGAAAUUGCCGGAAGAUUCGUGCUAGGAACAGCCGGGCAAAAUGUGCAUGACAUAUUCCGGUACUCGAAAAUUGAAGACCCACUACAGGCUUUAAAAAGUACCCUCGUAUGGAGCCACCUUGCGCCAACAGCUCCGGACACUUUACCCUGCUACCCGUACUACGAACAUGAUCCGUUCAUUAUCCGCGAAUGUCCCAGCUUGUAUUUUGCCGGAAAUAUGUCCAGUUUCGGCACCGAAUUGUGGGAAGGUCCUCAAGGGCAGCGAACUCGGUUGGUUUGCGUUCCAUCAUUUGCGGACACACAAUGUGUAGCCGUAGUAAAUCUCAACACCCUGGACUGUCAGCAGGUUUGCUUCAAGGUGAACGAUUUUGAGGACGGGGAGGAAUAGUAUCUUCAUUACCUCAAUAAUUGUAAUUUAUAAUCUUAAACGUAAAAAAAUAAUAUUUCUUAUCUUCCUAAAUUACA